UUCUGUGCAGCAUGUUUUCUGCGUGGAACUGGGUGGCCCGUGGCUUAUAUCUGCUCUUGAAUAUUUGUUUUCUUGAAGUUUCAGGUGGACUCGUACAAUCAUGUGGUCACAUCAUCCCAGAGUCUCCUGUAUUGGCCCUUGGUUCCAAUUUCACAGCAUUAUGCAUUUUGAAUGAGAGUUGUCUUGACUUUGGCAAUAUCUAUGCUAAUCAAAUUAUCUGGAAAAUUAAAAACAGAGUGGUACCUAAAGAACAGUAUCGUGAAAUAAACAGAACAGUUUCCAGUGUCACAUUUAAUGACACUUCUUCACUAGCUACUCCUCUGACAUGCAAUAUUUUAGCAGAUGGACAGAUUGAGCAGAACAUUUAUGGAAUUACAGUUACAAUAGGCUUGCCCCCAGAGAAGCCCAAGGACUUAAGUUGCAUUGUGCAUCAGGUGUCAAAACUCACAUAUCCUAUGACUUGUACCUGGAACCCUGGAAGGCAUACGUUCCUGGACACUCACUUUAGGUUGAAAUACAGGUGGCCACAAGAGAACUUUCCUGACUGUAUACCAAAAGAUGUAAACAAUUCUUGUACAAUUACUGAUGUUCAGUUCUUUGUUAACCUGGAGGUCUGGGUAGAAGCAGCAAAUGCUCUUGGGAAGGCUGAAUCUGAUCCUCUUGUUCUUGAUCCCAUUGAGAUUGUUAAACCUCUGUCUCCACACAAUUUGUCGGUCAACUCGGGAAUACUACCUACUGUUCUGAAGCUUUCCUGGGAGAAUCGGAUUUCAGCAGCUGUGAUGAAGCUGAAAUUCAAUAUUCGCUAUCGGAUCAUUGGUGACACAAACUGGAUGCAGGUUCCUCCUGAAGAUACAGCUUCACCAAGAACUUCAUUCAGCGUUCAAGGGCUCAGACCCUACACAGAGUAUGUCUUUUCAAUUCGUUGCAUGAAGGAAGAUGGAGUGGGCUACUGGAGUGACUGGAGUGAAGAGAAAACUGGGGUCACCACUGAAGAUAAACCAUCUAAAGGACCACCCAUAUGGAGGAUCAUUGAUGCAUCUCGCUCACCAGCUUCCUGGACUGUGCAUCUGAUGUGGAAGGCAUUGGAGCCAUUUGAAGCCAAUGGAGUAAUCCUGCAGUAUGAAGUGACUGUCAGAGCUAAAUCAUCUGUCUCCAGUCCACCAGAGAAAUACAGUGUUAAUACCACCAACCUUACAUUAAAGCUGCCAAAUGGAACUUACGAAGUGACUGUGAUUGCCCGUAACAGAGUUGGGGCAUCCCCUCCCUCAGUUUUACUUAUCCCAGCAAGUAAUUUGAAAGCUCCUGUGAAGAAUGUUAGAACGCUACCUAAAGAUGGCAAGUUGUGGGUAGGGUGGACUGCUCCUAACAGUUAUGUUCUUAAAUAUGUGAUUGAAUGGUGUCUAGUGUCCAACAGCUCAGACUGCAUCACAGAAUGGCAGAACGAACCAGGAAGUGUUCAAGGAACAUACUUAAAAGGUGAUAUAAAGCCAUUCAAGUGUUACUUGAUAACUGUGUACCCUCUAUAUGCUGAUGGUCAGGGAAGUGGACAGUCUGUGAAGGCUUUGCUUCAGCAGGGUCCUUCAAAAGGACCAACUGUUCAGACAAAAAAAGUAGGAAAAGCUGAAGCUGUUCUGACAUGGAACCAUCUCACAGUGGAUGAACAAAAUGGGUUUAUCAGAAGUUACACCAUAUUUUACAAAACUAUCGAUGGAAAUGAAACAGCUGUGACAGUGGAUCCUUCGAAGACAGAGUAUACACUUUCGUCUCUAACCAGUGACACACUGUACACUGUGCGGAUGAUGGCAUACACAGAUGAAGGAGGCAGGAGUGGUCCUGAUUUCACAUUUACUACACAAAAAUUUGGGAAGGGGGAAAUUGAAGCCAUAGUUGUACCUGUGUGUCUAGCGUUCCUGUUGAUUGUGCUCCUUGGAGUUUUGUUUUGCUUCAACAAACGUGACUUAAUUAAAAAGCAUAUCUGGCCUAUUGUCCCUGAUCCAUCCAAAAGUAACAUUGCUCAGUGGUCUCCUCAAGUUCCAGCUAAGCAUAACUUUAGUUCCAAAGAUCAGAUGUACCCAGAAGGCAGCUUUACAGAUGUAAGCGUCGUAGAAAUAGAAGCUGAUGACAAGAAGUCUUUUUCAGAACAAGAUUUAAAACCCUUUGACUUGCUUAAAAAGGAAAAAAGUACUUCAGAAGGGCACAGCAGUGGUAUUGGAGGAUCCUCCUGCAUGUCUUCUCCUAGGCAAAGCGUCUCUGACAGUGAUGAAGGUGAAGCUACACAAAACACUUCAAGCACUGUACAGUAUUCAACUGUAGUACUUAAUGGCUACAGAGACCAAACACCUGUACAAGUCUUUUCAAGGUCUGAGUCGACUCAGCCACUGCUAGAUUCAGAAGAGAGGUCAGAGGAUCACGCUGGAGGAGGUGACAGUGCAACACAGAGGCAGCAGUAUUUCAAACGAAAUGGUGGUCAGGAUGAAACCAACACAGACAGGCCAUGCUUUGAAAGAACAAAGCAAAUUACUCCUGCUAAUGAGGGGGAUCUUGUUGGAUUUGCACAAAUGCAGAUCUCAGGUCAGAGUUCACAGCUGUUGGGCACUGAGCUGGAAAAAAAUACCCAGGAAGCUGCUCUAUCAGAUGUUUUACAGGCAAGUACUGAAGGACAAACUGUGAGACCUGAAACAGUGGAGGGAAGUCCACUGUCAGUUGAUGAAAUGCCAAAAAGUUACCUCCCGCAGACUGUGAGACAAGGGGGCUACAUGCCUCAGUGAGAGAAGAGACUGGCUCUGUUUAGGCCUUCCUUAGUGCCUGUUCACACUUUCUCCUGUGUUUCUGAUAAAUUAAGCUAGUUUUUCUAUCUGAAUGCAGAUAGAAAUACUGAAAUUAAGUGAAGAGUAAUUUGACAAAGUACAGUAAGGACUGUGUUUUUGUGGAAAACUUGCAGUCCAGACCUACUGGAGACUUACUUUUAUGCACUACAUAAAAUCUUAUGUCGGGAUAGCUGAACAAGCCUUUGUGCUACCUUGGGUUUUUUGUCUUGUCAUACCAGAUCUACACAUGACUGAACAUGGCAAGUUUCAGUUAAUUACAUCAGCCAAUAGACCUAGAAGAAAUACUUCGAUUUGUAACAGUGUACAAGCCUAAAAAGCCAGCUUUAGUUGCCUGGAGCAUCUUUGUGCAGAAGUAAGACUGAAGCUUAGUAUUCUAACGUGAAAGAAUACUUGUGUCAUAUACUUUUCAGUAGCUUGAUUGACUUUCUGAAUUUUGACUUGGCCCAGUGCCUCAGUUUCCAGCUUACCAGACAUGCAAAUCAUGUUCAUCCCUGUUGAAAAAUUAUAAAAAUUAAAUACAGCUUGCUAUGGUGUGCAAAUAAGAAAACACCAUGAUUGCUUGACUGUGAGCUACUAUAGUAAUUGAUACUCUGCCUACAUUUAGAUAUGUGUGCACGAGCUAUAUAAUGAUUUGGCCUAAAAAUGUACCUUGCAACUUGAUGCACAGCAAUUCAGUCUCAUGUUAAAAAGUUUAAAAAUACAGAUGAAAACACAGAUUAACAGUUAUUUAAAGGUUUUGUACCCAAAUCACUGUCUGAUUAUACCCUACCUCUCUGGUCAUAUAAAUUGCCUUUGUUUAAUAAGUGCACCUUUGCUGUAUACAGCUUGAGAGGCAAGUAACAAGCUCUAAGUUUUUACCGUUUUUCUAACUGCUCAGGAGAAAGGGAAUAUGACCUUCUUCCUGGUUGACUACAAUGAUCAGUGUGCUGUAACCUCACUGCUAAUGCUGCAGGACCUCCUUGAAACUGAAAGCAGCAAAAAACAAAGCAUUGAAGUCAUUGAAGCGCUCAGAAGCAAAACCAAAACUUACACCCUGAAUUUGAAUGUUACUGGUAGUAUAGGCUAUAGUAUAUGUUACUAUAGGCUGUAUCUAUUAGCAAUCUUGAGCCACAAAUAACACUUACGUGGUUGUUAAAAUUCCUUACUUUUUUCUUAUGUCUCACUUUUCCCCUGUUCAUACAGUGCAUUUUAUUGAAGAAGAUACAUUUCUUGGAGACUGUCUCUACCAAGGUUUAAAGAAAAAUGAAAUUAAUUAAAAUCAACCCAUUCUCUGAUGAUAAUUAGAAAUUUUAUGGCACUCUUGUAGAUUUUUUUUUAACCUUAACUUAGUCUAGUCAGCUUUCUAACCUGACACUAAUAAAACCUUAAUUCAAAACACUAUAUGCUGUGUUGUGAGAAUAAAACAAUGGUUUUAUUUCUCCUUCAGCAAAAGAAUGUAUUUAAGACCACCUGAAACCUUUUGUGCUGUGACCUCUGGUGCUGCUGUUCUGCAAAGCACUUGCUAAAGGCCCUGGAAAGGCAGGUGUCAGUAUCAUUUCAACUUCCCUUGUCCUUGUAUGCCAGCUUGCAUGAAAGGACAGGUAUAUAUAUAAAUGUUCACAUGUGCCUUCUGUUACAAAGAAAUUCAAUGUUUGAGUAAGUUCAUAAGAUUACCUCUUGAAGUCUGGACUAUUUAAAACAGAGUGCAGAAUCUUUAAUAACAUUUCAGUAUUCCACAGUUCCUUUGUCCCAACAGUAUUUUUUGUAUCUGGGCACUUUUUUAAACUAAAAGGCUAUGUUGCAGCUUACUAGAACUACAUGUUUCUUCAAACCAGUCCCCUUCCUUUUCUCCCCUCUCCACCUCAGCACCUUCAAACUCCCUCCCAGAGGGCAAGGGCAUAAUGAAAACUAUGCUGUCACAAGACAGCAGAGACUCUUUCAUGUUUUCAGAGGUUGAAGGAGUAUUCCUUUGUCAGAACACCUUCCUCUUGGAAAAUAAUAGCAGUUACUUUACUGGGGGAUCAGUUGUCUUCUCUAUGCAAACUUCAUAGUGACUGUAGAAACCAUGAGUAAAAGGGAAAGUCUCUGACAAGACUAACAAGUGUGUGUGCUUGUUAGAACUGCCCUGCAGCCACGUGCAUCUAAUCCACCUCCUGCUCAUCUCUGAAAUACUGUGGGCCACAACCUAGCUACUUAGUCUGAGCAUUGCUUCGAAGGCCUGGAUGUUUUCAAAACCAUGCUGAUGAUUUAUUUCUUUUAUUUAUUGUUUUUUGUGAUCUAGUGAUACUAACUUUUGAUAGCGUAUGUCAUAUUUGAGGGACAUCUUCAGUUAUUCCUGAAGUUGCUAUUUGCCUUUCUGUUAUGUAAAGGGAAGGCAUUUUGUUCUCAGUUGCUGUUAAUCAUGGACCAUUUCCAAUGUUAAAUAAACAGCAUCAAGAGAUUCUCAUUUUCAAAGGUCUGUGCUAACAAGAGUUCUGGCCUGUCACUUCUGGCAUUGCUCUUUCUUUGUUGCUUAUGGGCCAGUGGUAAUAAACUCUCAGAAUUGUACAGCAGUGUAUCCUAGAGAGAAUUCUGUCUGUCUGGCAGAGUUAUAUUCUAUCUUUCAGGCUUGUGCAUUUCUCUAGGGCUAAAAUACUAAAGACUAGGCAGGAGAUACUAGUGGGUGAACAGCUUGUAGAAGCCACAAUACGUGUAACUAACAGGUUUACAGCUUGUUCGUAAACCUAUGUGCCAAAUAUUAUAUCAUGCAGUGUUCAGGUUUAACUUGAUUUUGUACUUUGGAUAGUAACAAUCUAAUUGUAUCAAACAGUCGCAUACAGGUUUUUAGAGUGUCUGUGAUGUAAUUACAGCAAUCCACUGAAAUUCUCUGAACUUGGCCCUAACAUAGUAAUUAAAGAAAAAGCUUUCCCCCUCCCCUAAUAACUAUGGUGCACUUUACAAAAUAAAGGCAUUAUUAAAAUAAAAUCACACUUCAGUAUUGACAUUUUCAUGUCCAUCUUGAUUUCCUGGACUGGAAUUUUUCAGGUAGGGGUGGGAGAACAGUUGUAAAGACCUUGUUACUUUGGUGGCAGGGAAGGGAGGCUAGUAGAAAUAUAAAGUAUUUUUCCUGUAUUAGCAAGUUUGAAACAUCUCUUAAGUGCAGGCUGGCUAACUGCUCCUCUGUUGACAAGAAAAGUGAAUAUAUUUAUCUCUAGUUCUGUUAUGGUGGUUCUGUUAGAACAGGAGGUUGUUGGGGUUGUUUCUGGGCUGUGUUGGCUUGCUUUCAGGGCAGUAAGUCUGGGAAUAUCCUCUCCCACUGUAGUGACAGUCUUGGGAUUACGUUUUAUAUGCCCUACUGUAGUAAAUUAAACUGCCUGUUAAGCCUUAACCUGGCAGUGCAAAGCACAGCAGAGCAAAAAUUUUUCUAAAUUUCAUUCUGGAGUGUUUGUGACAAGCAUGUGCCUAUCUGUGCUACAGGAGCCUAGCAAAAUGCUAAUUAUCAGGACUGGAAAAAACUCUGGCCCUGGGAAGAGGGGGGAGUUUGCAUGCAAGGGCUGAGUCCUGUUCUUGGGCACUGAUGAAGCCCCAUGGCCUCAGGUGGGGUUCGCAGCUUCAGCUUUGACUAUAAAUCAUGAGCACUGCCAGAUAGUUAAAACUUACAUUAGUGUGCCUGAUAUGUGGGAAUCACCAUGCUGAUUUAACUUCAGUAAUUGAACUUGUUUAAUUAGUGCCAGGUCUUGAAUAUCCAAGAUCUCAUCAAUACAUGCUGCUAUGGAAUUGACUUCACAGUGGGAUCUGCAACUCCAAAGACUCUCAAAUUGUUAAUAGUCAGCCCUGCUCCAGGACAUACACAUUUUAAAUUGUAAUUUAUGUGCAUUAAAUGAGACUAAAUAUACUAGUUUAUUUUCACUGAGACAGUUGUAAUUGAGAUUAACUCUUAUUUGUAUACAUUCCUUUAACUAUGUUAAAAAGUUCUCCUGACUGAUGGAUUGUAAAACUUCAUUAAUCCCUGUAACCUCUUGCCUGUUUGCUAGGAUGUAUACAUGUAGCCAUUUUAAAUUCCAAGAGUUUCUUUUAAUGUUAUUUGGAAGCAGUUUAUAACAAAAAUAUUGUCUCUUGUCAUGAAACAGCCAUUUGGGAAUUAGAGCCAACCCCCCAGUCUUCAAGUUUAGCUCUUGAUCCAGAAAGCUGUGGUAAAGUGGAGGUAUAAGUGCAAAAGUCUGGAGAAGGGUAAAAUCAAGUAUCUUGCAUUGGAUUCACAAAUACGCAUUUCUCUUGCUUAAAAGUGAAAGGAUCAGUUAAAAAAAAAUGAAGCUAAAACGUGUAUGUGUGUUUGCUUUUACUGUUGUUUCCUUUGUAGCACUUGUGCAGUCUGAGCCAUUCCUAAAAAUGAAAGCAGUGCUGACUUAGUACACAAGGAUGCAUUUUUAAGGCCGUAUCUUUUUGUAUCUGUUUUUAUACAAACAGAUUUAAAAUUAAUGACUAAGGACCAGAUCUCAACAAUCGCCUACUUCCCCCCUCUUAAUUUUAGUGCAGAGAGAGGGUGGGCAGUAAGUAUCUCUCAGAAUGCAGCCUUAGCCAGUACUUGCGUUUAUUUGCAAAGGCAACCUUAAAGGGGAUAUAUGCAAUAAAGUCACUGAUACUCUGCAGAAGCACACUUCUGUAACAAUGGAUGAAAAACACAUAUGGCACAACUGUCAGACGGCUGGAAAGCUCCACAUCCUCCUGCUCAGACUGAAGCGUCUCUGGCACCCCGCACCAGCUGUUCUCCAGUGAUGGCAGGCGCAGCAGAUGAGCAUUCUCCGCGGUGUUGAAACUGGUAACACCUAUCGCUUUUCUUCAUAUCAAAGCACAUUCGUUAAUGGAUCCAGUCAACUUACUGUGUUUUUUAACACACCAGUCUUGUUUACAGUGUCACAUGUAGCCCGACACUCUGAUACAGCGAUGGAUUGUCUAGGAACCACGUGCUUUUAUUUGGGAUUAAGGAGUCUGUGGUCAAGGUUACUGGUCACCGAAUGUUGCUGUGCUGAUACAUGCAUCUAGUUAAGCGGAGGUGUGGGACACAGGGACAGACGUACUAACAAGGAAAGUGCCUUGAUGCUGGAUUGGAUGGCUAGUGAAUGUAAACAUUAAGUCAAAUUUUACUAUGUACUUAAAGUAUGGCUGAUAAAGCUACUGGUAGUUUGAAUGCCAGCUUUAAAGGGCUUGCAUACUCUGGCCAGAGGUUAAACAUGUAAAUUGCUGCAUAAGCUGUCACUAUAUGGAAAUGUGUUUUAAUACCAGUACACUUAUGUUCAUUCUUUUGCAAGCUGCAUGUUUAUUGUCAUAUAAACUCUGCUUUCUACAAUUUA